UGGGAAGUCACUAAAGUGUGGCGCUGGUCCGACAAAAAAAAAAAAAAAAUAGGAUUGAGGUCUCAAGUAUAGAUCAUGGCGCUGACUGUUGGGGUUAUCCGCCGGCUUGAUGAGACAGUUGUCAAUAGAAUCGCGGCUGGAGAGGUCAUCCAGAGGCCGGCAAAUGCUAUAAAGGAGAUGAUAGAAAAUUGUUUGGAUGCCAAGUCAACCAGCAUUCAAGUGACCAUAAAAGAAGGAGGAAUGAAAUUAAUCCAAAUUCAGGACAACGGAACUGGAAUUAGGAAAGAAGAUAUGGACAUUGUGUGUGAGAGGUUCACAACAAGCAAACUUCAGUCUUUUGAAGACUUGUCCAGCAUUGCUACAUAUGGAUUUCGAGGAGAAGCUUUGGCAAGUAUAAGUCACGUGGCUCAUGUUACUAUAACCACCAAAACAGCCGAUGGGAAAUGUGCUUACAGAGCAAGUUAUGCAGAUGGAAAGCUGAAAGCUCCCCCAAAACCUUGUGCUGGGAACCAGGGCACCCAGAUUACGGUUGAAGAUCUUUUCUAUAAUGUCUCCACAAGACGGAAAGCUCUGAAGAGUGCAAGCGAGGAGUAUGCAAAAAUAGUUGAAGUUGUGAGUAGGUAUGCUAUCCAUAACUCUGGCAUUAGCUUUUCAAUUAAGAAGCAAGGUGAGACAAUGGCAGAUGUGAGAACACUGACAAACGCAACAACUGUAGACAAUAUACGCUCUGUAUUUGGAAAUGCGGUCAGCAGAGAGUUAAUUGAAGUUGGUUGUGAGGAUUCAAAACUUGCCUUUAAAUUGAAGGGUCAUGUGACUAAUGCCAACUAUUCUAUGAAAAAAAGCAUUUUCUUGCUCUUCAUUAAUGCAAGGCUGGUUGAAUCCACAUCUCUAAAGAAGGCCAUAGAAACUGUAUAUGCUGCCUAUUUGCCAAAGAAUACACAUCCUUUCCUGUACUUAAGCCUGGAAAUUGCACCUCAAAAUGUGGAUGUGAAUGUGCACCCAACCAAGCAUGAGGUUCAUUUCCUGCACGAAGACAGCAUCAUUGAAAAGAUCCAGCAACACAUUGAGAGCAAAUUGCUUGGGUCCAAUUCAUCCAGAAUGUACUUCACACAGACAUUAUUACCUGGAGCCUCUAUCUGCGCCAGUGAUGUUGUCAAACCAGCAGCUGCUUCUUCUGCACCACAGAAGACCAAUGACAAGAUAUAUGCUCACCAAAUGGUACGCACAGACUCAAGAGAGCAGAAAUUAGAUGCCUUUCUACAGCCUCUGAACAAACCACAGCAGCCAGACCACCAGCCUUCUGAGGUUGUUGAAGUCCAACACUCAGAUAGAGAUUGCCAGCAAGAUACAGAGAUGGAAGAGUUAAGUGAUUUCGACUUGCUUGGUGCUUCUGAAGUUAAUACUAAUCCAGAGGAUUCUGGAAUUAAAUCAAACAAAGCGGAACCUAGCACGUCUUCAGAUAAUGUUUCAUCCAGGAAGAGGCAGCGCAGAGAUUCUGAUGUGGAAAUGGUGGAAAAUGAAUCAGUGAAGAAUAUGACAGCUGCUUCAACCCCAAGGAGAAGGGUUAUUAAACUAACAAGUAUAUUGACCCUACAGAAAGAAAUUGAGGAGAAGGCACACAAAGUUCUUCAAGAUAUGCUGCGCAACCAUUCAUUUGUGGGCUGUGUCAGUCCUCAGUGGGCUCUAGCCCAAUAUCAGACAAAGUUAUAUCUCCUGAACACCACAAAGCUAAGCCAAGAACUGUUUUACCAAAUACUUGUUUAUGAUUUUGGAAACUUUGGCAUUAUGAGAUUAUCAGAGUCAGCCCCACUGUAUGAUUUGGCUAUGCUAGCACUGGAUAGUGCCGAGAGUGGAUGGACUGAGGAAGAUGGCCCUAAAGAAGGACUUGCUGAGUAUAUUGUUCAGUUUCUUCAGAAAAAGUCUGAGAUGUUGAAAGAUUACUUCUCACUUGAAAUUGAUGAGGAAGGAAGACUUACAGGACUACCACUGUUGAUCGACAAUUAUAUCCCACCUCUGGAAGGAUUGCCAAUGUUUAUCUUGCGUUUAGCUACAGAGAUUAAUUGGGAUGACGAGAGAGAAUGUUUUGAGAGUUUUAGCAAAGAAUGUUCCAUGUUUUACUCACUGAGGAAGCAAUAUAUACUGGAAGAAUCUGAAAAAUCCUCGGACAAUAACCCAGGAUUUGGCUCAGCAUCCUGGAGAUGGACAACCGAACACAUUUUGUAUAAAUGCUUCCGCACCCACCUUCUUCCUCCAAAACCUUUUGCAGAAGAUGGAACUAUUCUACAACUUGCCAAUCUUCCAGACUUGUAUAAAGUCUUUGAACGCUGCUAGAAAAUAGCAGAUUAUUUACUAUGGGCUCCCAAGACAACUCCAUUGAUGUUUCUGGAACCAACUGAAUAUACACUCCCUUUCGAAUAUAUGACUUAUGUAUGUUUUUAGUCAUCUUAGAACUUCCAAUUAUAUGUACAAAUUGUACAGUUUACAUGUAUAUAAACAUUAUAUUUGUAUAUACA